CCCGGGAAUCGAACCUGCGGCCUUUCGGUUACAAGCCCAGUUCCUUACCCACUGUGCUACACCCCGUCCUGUCCCGCCCUUAUCUCUUACCAGCAGGGCAUUAAAAAAAAACGCUGGGGAGCAACAGCUCAAAUGCACUUUACAAUUGUAUACAAUAGCACGUUGACCACUAUGAUCAGUUAAAGGAAAGACUAGUUUAAACUGAAUGCCAAAGAGCCCUUAGCCCCUAGGCUAAAAAAGUUUUCGUUCCAGGACCCAGAAGUUGCAAAUAGAAGUUGACUUUCUGAAUUGUUUCACCGUCGCCUUCGAAUAAAUGAGCGCUGCUGGGAAGUCGACACCAUCAUCCUUUCACCAUGCCAUCAAGACCCUUUCGAAAUUGUGCCAACGCCAUCGUGAUGCGCUACCUGCGGAAGAAAGUGGUCCUGGUGGCCAUGGCGGCCUCUGUGAUUUCGGUAUUCUUCCUCUACAUCACGCUGAUUCCCGGGGGCCGCACCACCGUGGACGUUAGGCCGAGUUCGAGGAGUGCGAUGGAAGGCCUGCUGGACAAGAGGCUCCGAGACUGGGCACUCAAAUAUGACAGCAUCCCCUUCCAGCUGAAGGAGAGUGUGGCCAGCCGCGUCGCCCGCAACAGCUGCGUCUGCCGGGCCGAGCCGAACCGGGUCAAACUGCCGUUCAUCCACCUGCUCUUCCCCAGCGUUUGGGCCAAGUACAUCAGCUCCACCUUCUCUGCUUCUGAACAGGCCACCAUGAAGGACAGCAGGGCCCAGGAGUACCAGCGUUUCCAGAAGAGGUCCCAGAAUGCAGCCGACCUCCUCAUUGUUGCUGAAGCCAACAGCCCCCUGCAGUUUCCUACCCAGGGAGUGGAGGUGAAUCCCCUUGGCACUAUUCUGAUCCCAGGACUAGGGAUACGGGAGGCACCAAGAGAUGUUCACUUGGUGAACUUGACUGCCACAAGGGGAACAUUUGACGUGGCGGCUAAAGUGGAGGGGGCCAGGGUCGAAGGUGAAGGGGGCUCAAACCUGACCCUGUCUAGCGGGCUCCUGGCCAACCUGAACCGACAGCUGCAGUUUGUCACCUACACCAACACCCUGUUCCACCCCGACACGGCCGACGCAGUGCAGUUUAGCACAGACGGGCAUCAGUCCAUCUUCAUCAUCAGGAUUCGACACAGGGUCUCCCCAAGACUGUACAACCCAGGCCCCAAGGGAGACUACAACAUCAGUGCCCUGGUCACUAUUGCAACCAAGACAUUCCUGCGCUAUGACAAGCUACAGGACUUGAUUGACAGCAUACGUCUCUACUACCCGACCGUCACCAUAGUGAUCGCAGAUGACAACGAGAACCCCGAGCGUGUGACUGGCCCCUACAUUGAGCAUUACAUCAUGCCCUUUGGGAAGGGAUGGUUCGCGGGUCGGAACCUGGCCGUCUCCCAGGUGACCACGAAGUACGUGCUGUGGGUGGACGAUGACUUCAUCUUCACGGCCAACACCAAGGUGGAGAAGAUGGUGGACAUUCUAGAGAGGACCACGCUGGACCUGGUGGGCGGGGCUGUGCGGGAGGUGACAGGCUACACUGCCACCUUUCGGCAGACGAUUGUGAGGGAGCAGGGGGGCACGGAGGGGGACUGCCUCCACAUUCGAAGGGGUUACCACCACGUCAUCCAGGGCUUCCCAAACUGCGUGGUCUGUGAUGGAGUCAUCAACUUCUUCCUGGCCCGAACCGAAAAGGUUCGGCAGGUUGGCUUCGAUCCCCGGCUGGCUCGAGUGGCUCACCUGGAGUUUUUUAUUGAUGGGCUUGGCUCCCUUCACGUUGGCUCCUGUGAUGAUGUCAUCGUCAGCCAUGCCUCCAAGAUCAAGCUCCCCUGGGGCCAAUCAGAAAGCAGCAAGGCUUACGCCAAGUUCCGCUAUCCACCCAUGUCCUAUGACAUUGUUCGCAUGAAGGAGGGUCUCUUAUACUUUAAAAAUGGCAUCCAGUGCAUGAGUUCCAAUGCAUGAGUCCCCACUGCCCCCCACCCUGCCCCCCAACUGUCGGAAUUGCCAAGGAAACACUCAGAGAUUAAAACCCAGUGGCUGAAAUCCUUCUGUUUGUGGGAAUAACAUCCAGUUUUGCUGCACCGAAAAGGCCUUACAAAUCCUAUGGCAAAAAGUGAAACCCCCAAACAGUUCCCCCCAAAAUCACCAGCUCGCUAUGGGGUUCCAGAUGUACUGUAACACGUUUGUACAAGGAUCAUUUUGCUAUGAUAGCAGCUAGUGAAAUUUUUAAAAAAAUACUGGAGAAAAAGGGAAAAUUGUUGAGGCUAUACAUUUUAUGGAAUUAGCAGGGAUUUUUAUUCUUCAGGCCCUUUUGUUUUACUGUAUUCAUUUCUUUACUGGGCUCUCUCUCAGGAAGGAAAAUAGCCAUCUGUUUGAAAGAUGUUUUACAGGAUAUGUUUUGAAUGCUGAGAUGUAUGUUUCAUGUAUGUUUCUUUUUUGUUUUUUUGAUGUGGAGAAAGUUCAUCAUGUGACCCGGAGUGCACAUAAAUGAUACGUACAGCAAUAGCACACUUUAUGGAAACACUGUGCUUAACAGAGUUUAGUACUCUUAGAACUUUUAUCUGUGGCCUUUCUUCUGUUGUUGUCUGUCAGAGCCAUUUUCAUCUGUAAAAUGUGUUGUUAUCUUUUUGACGAAGAGUGGUAAUGACAUUUUGUGACCAUCAGUAAUUUGAAAUUAAGUGUACAAGCCAAAGAAGAUUGCACAAAGAUUAUCAUUGUAUGUAGAAAAGUACUGGACAAAGAAAUACGUUUAAGCUGAUGCUGUUAUGCUAUUUAUUUCUUCAUUUUUGUUUUGUGUCGAUAUUACAUUAAUUACAUAUUGCAUGUAUUAUGCCAAAAAGAAUGCCAGAAGUUGUUGGAAAAUAUUGCAUUAAUCAUCAAACUCUGUUUAUAACUACAGUGUUUCCAUAAUUUGUGCCAGUACUGUCUGCAUCACAUAUAUUUAUGUGAGAACAACAUUGGAAUGUUCUGGAAUGUUACCCUCUUUGUUGUUUUCUCAGAAGAUGAGUGUACCAGUGGAGUUAGGUUGACAAAAGCCAAUGUACAGCUAACUCAUGGAAGGAUUCAUUGUUACACAAUAAAAUAUCCAGUGUUGAUUCAACUCUAACAGAGUUCAUAUGAGUCCUGAAGGGCUAGAGUUGAUUUAACACUGAACAUUUCACUGUGGGUUAUUUAGCAUUUUGGCCGCUAGAUGGCAGCCAUAGAAUAUGCAAUGAUCAGAAUUUUCUACAUAUUGCUGGAAAAUGUUCUUCUUGUCUGUACAUGAACGUUUUACAACUUGAAUAUGAUUUUUAUGUUUAAUUCAUUGAAAAAGCGUUGUAUAUAUGUAUUAUAUUUGUUUUCACCUUUUUUCUCAUUAUGAGAAAAGAGGUUUGCUGCACAUCGUUGCUAAGUCCAUGCGGUGCACUCUCAGUCAUGUUAAAAACGUAAAUCUUUGUGUGACAGACACUUGUGUCGGAUUUGGAGUCUAUGAAUAUGUAUUCUAUGGUUUAUUAAUGUAGGAUUGUGAUGUGGUCCAAGAAUAUAAGGAUGAGAACAGGCCAUUCAGCCCAUCCUUACUUACCAUUUAUCCACAAUCUACAGGAGGGGUGCACAACAAGGGCCGAUCUGCUUCAGGACUUUGUGACAGCUUCUGCUCUUUAUUAUUUAAUUAGCUCAAUCAUAUCUUGAUCUGACAUUUGUAUAAGCGCGUAGUGUGCAAGUGCAUCUUAAAGAUUUGACUGUGCUGAUAUACAGGAGUGAACCACUGUACUUUAUAGAGUUGUCAGAAAACUAAAUCUAAGGUGAUUGGUUGGAAUAAAUGCCAAUGCGCGGACUAGCCCUGCAGUUGUGUACCCUCCGCUCUAGAUACUCAAAUCUGGCCAUUGAGGCCAAUACUACUACCCUGCACCUUACUGUACUGCUUUUGUAAAGUUUUUUUUUGCUUCAUGGUUGCUUUGCCAAUAUGCAGAUCUUUGUAUGUACCUGAUAGCAGGAGGUUUGACUUGCACAUGCGUAUGCCGUAAUUACUGAAUGUUGAAAGGUGAGGUGUCAUGAAAUAGUCUAGACGUGUUCUAGAAAGCCAUAUAUCUACAGGGGAAAAAAUAUGUGAUGCACUUUCUACCGUACUGGAAAAGGGUUCAGAGCUUGUCACACGUUUUAUUUAUUUUUGAUAUCGGUGUGUCAAAGUAUGUGCUGUGUGAUGUGUGUUUCUCACGCAAUGUAUUCCACCACCGGAUGACCUGGUCCAUCUACAGUAGGCCAGUGUCUUUGGCUUCUUUAAAUUUCCAGCAGGGAAGUUGAGUCAUAUAGUUUGCAGCGAGACCUGCAGCAGUCCAGACAUUGCCCCUACUCUAAUUUGCAUAUGCGCAUCUGGGAAUUCAGUAUUUGAUGUGAUUGUGUAUUUUUCUGUUGAGCACAUUUGUGUCUACAGUGUGACCCUGCUGGAUAUCGAAGACUGGGAACGGCUAAUGAAGUCAUUACUGUUUUCUGCAUGAGAGCGCUCUCAUAUUUUUCUCACAUACCGUAAAUAUAUUUAUGCAUAUAUGUAUAUAAAAUAUAAUUCUACACAACAGAGCUGGGGAAAUUAACUUGUAAAUACUUGAAUUACCUUUGAAUGGUAUAAUAAUGCUGUUGUAUAUGCCAGUUAUAUUAAAUAUGACAUUUUUGAUAUACUGUAGGUACAAAAAUACAUUGAGUUUAUUUUGCAGUGCCUGUUUGCCUAGUGCCUUUGUUCAGAAAUGGUGAAUGGAGAAAUUAAAAUGUUUUGCAGAUUGCCCUUAUGA